GCCAAUUGCUUCCUUUCGCGCCAUUCUGCUGGUUGCGACUCGACAAGCGCAUUGAAUUCCGUUGCGCAUCAUCUUAUCUGUCUUGCUUUAGCUUCCAUCGCCUUUGCUGUUCUAUAACCCCCGUACCGGGGCUAUGCAAUCAUAGUCUCCCUCCCACAACUAUUUUUCCUGUCAACUCCGCUAUCCCACCCGCCCAGUAACCGUUUCUCCUCAGAAUUUGUCCUCUUCAGCCAUCAACACAAUGUCUUGGAAAUUUCAGCUUGAUUCCAGCCCGCCGUCUACCCCUGGUAAAUCCCGCAAUAUUUUCGACGAUUUGUCCAGCACCCCUGCUGGCGCUCCGCCGUCCGCAUCGAACUCCUUUACUCCGCAUGGCGGGCCUUCCGACUUUGGGAGCUCUCGCAUGAGCUCUGGUUCCCUCUUCACGAAGUCUGGACAUAUGAACUUCAAUGAUAACGAUAGUAUCUUUGGGUCGUCCAUUGUGUCCAACGAUUUCCUUCCACCCCCGAUCAAAAAGACAACGACAACAACAACGACGAAAUCCUCCGUACCGUCGCAGUCUUUGUUCAGCAUCACGAAUGGCACACGUUUUGACGAAUCCACACGUUUCGAGAAGCCCAGUAGCUUUGCGGAGUCUCAGGUGGAUGCAGAGGGAGAUGACAUUCUGACUGAGGAGGAAGAUGAGGUAGCAGAUAAGACGGGGACCAGCCUCGGUAUGGGCAAGGCGAGCAAAGACGCUGAACCUCGCUUCAGCUUCCUAGAUUCCCAGCUCGGGGACUCUAUCGCUCCGCAGCCUGUCUCGCUUGGCCAUCGCAAGUCUAUCUACUCGAAUCCUAGCAGCGCCAAACGUCCAAAGCUCGACGAGCGCUGGGCGGGUCAAGCACCUUUGCGCAAGGGAAAGCUGUCACCGAAAAAGGACUCUGCAAUGCCCUCUAUCGUGCGCAAUUUCGCUUCUCGUUCGCGCUUGGCUACAGUGGAUGAGUCUAGUGAAUUUGUCACGAGCACGGAAGACGAGCUAUGCCGUAUGUACGACGAGGUCAGAAAGGCUGAAUAUAAUGGCGCCGACUUUCGCGCCGCCCUCUCGGAUGUCUGUAGCCGACUUACAGAUGUGUGGAAGUCAGCUACGGGACAGGACGGCCCCUACCAAGAGUCGGACGGCAUCGGACCCGGUGAUCAAGCUCCGAACGUCGUCAAGGCGAGUUUCCUCGCUUCGCUCCUUCUACAGCUUCAUCACCCCCCUCGGCCAGUUGAUCGACCGGGUCAAUUGAACCCUUUCGCGACGCGCAACUUGUUACUGGGUGGUCCGCGCAUGACAUCACCGACACCUAUCCCUAAACUUCUCAUUGACUGGCUCGAUGCCAACCACAUUCCUCUUGCGUCGGAGUUGCAAAUAUUGAAAGAGCUCGAACCCAGCCCCACUGCGUCAUCAAGCUUCUGGGAUUUGCUCAAUGCUGCUGUUCUACGAGGUAGUCUUUCUAUAGCCGUGGAAAUCCUACGAUCUGCCGACUUCAAUUACGCAAGAUCAGCGUUAGAAGAUGGCCUACCGCAGGCGGGAUACCGUGGGACACAGCUGCAAAACAUUCAAGGAUGUGUCAACAAGGCUCUUCAAAUCCUUGAAUCAUGCCCCGCUGUUUUACGCGAUGAUUGGAAUGUCAAAGGCACCGAAUGGGCCUUGUUCAGAAAACGGGUGUUGACGGCCGUGACCGACUUGGAGUCUUUCGCCGAAGGCGAGGAAAAGCCGACACCAGAACCGCCUGUCCAGGAAAAUCGCUUCCAAGCCGUCAACUUUGGGCUGAAAGCGACUGCUCCCGCACAAACAUUCUCCUUCACCCAAUCUGCUCGUAUGGCCGAGAGUAAAGUGCCCUGGACAAUCUACCAGAAUCUUCGAUCCAUGUACCGCAUCCUUCUUGGUGAUGAAGAUGCUAUCAUGGACAACUCACAAGACUGGCUCGAAGCAACCAUCUGUAUGACCGUUUGGUGGGGCGGUGACGACGACGAGGAGGUCGCUAGUGAGCUUCCUCCCACUAGCCUCAACCCUUUGUUCUCUCGUCCACCUAGGAACACGUCGCCGUACCACGUCGAAGAUGCAUACCUGCAUCGACUUGACCUGGCUUUUGGCCAUGCAACAAGCGCGGAAGCAGAUGAUGCUAGCUUCCGAGUCAAUUCACUCAGCAGUCUCGAGGUUGGGCUUGCCUCUGUCUUUGAAGGCAAUACGGAAGGCGUGAUCGAGUUGCUGCAGACAUGGUCAUUGUGUGUGUCGUGCGCCGUAGUCGAGGUUGCGUCUAUGGGGGGUUGGUUGGACCCCAGAGCCAACGGACCAAAAACUAUCCCUGGCUUGAGCGAAGACGACCUGAUGGUUUUGUCGUAUGGUCAAGGUCAAGACGGCAAAGCGACCAGUCCCCGAGUGAGCAAGAACGAUGUCAUCAGUGCUUAUGCAUCUGGUCUCUUCGAACGACAAUCAAUUGAGUAUAAGGAUGGCACUCGCGCUGGAUGGGAGGUAGCUCUCGAGGUUUUGAGCCGCUUGGACGACCGGGACAAGCUGCAAAAGAGUGUCUCGGAGCUGCUGGAUAGGUUACCGCUCAACACGGCAGAAGAAGUUGAUAAAGUGGUUUUGCUCUGUUCCGAGCUUGAUCUGGACAAUGAAGGGCGGAAGGUCUCCGAGCGUUUCGGCGAUGCUACCGUCUCUGACUCGGAGGAUUACGGCCUUGCUCUCUUGUGCUAUGCUCGCGCCCAUAACCGCCGCAAGGUCAAGUCCGUGGUUGACUUGCUCAUUUCAUACAGUCUUGUGCAGUCUCGCGCCUAUCCCGCCUCGAAUGACCUUGACGAGCAGCUUGAGUCUCUGAUCCGUGACCCUGGUCGUUGCUUGGCAGCCAUUGCAGGAUCCGACGAAGAUGCGGCCAGUAUCCUCCAAUACUACUUCUCCGGAUAUGCGACGUUACGGCGGUACUACGAGAUUCGCGACGAGGCUGCGAAUCUUAAAGAAGGCCAACAACCUCGCUACAAACCUCUCGCCAGACGGCGUGCGGCGGCACAGUCUCUUGUCGCAGUCAUCAGCAGCGCUGCAGACAGUAUUUAUGGCGGGCUUUACGACCCAGACCGUGACUCUGCCGUUCAAGUAGAUGGUCUUUUGACCCUACUGGGCGAAGCUCUUCCCUUUAUUGACCAAUCAACCCCUAUCCUCUCCGUCUCCCAACAAUUCACCAUUCUUUCUGCGAUCGAGGACCUUCAAACCGUCACUCCUCGCGUCUACGCCCAAUGCGAAGAAUGCUUCCGCUCCACCUUGAUCGAAUACCAUUCUUCCAAGAACGCAAACGCGUCUCCGUCGGCUGACUCCUACGUCCUACCCCCUUCCCCGCGCGCCAUGCUCAAAAAGUCCGUCUCUGGUCUCAACGCCUCCAGCACCUUCUCCUUCAUUGGCAACGAGAUGAUUGAGUCCGCGCGGGCGCGAUCAGGCUCCGGCUCUGCCGGUAGCUCGGGCGUGCUUGUGCCCCGCUUGAACUCCGAGAAAGGCAGUGCGUCUCACGAACGAGGCUGGGAUUGGCGUGCUGGUUUGCCGGAUGAUGUCACGGGCGAGGAUAUCAUGCGAGUUCUGCGGCUGGGAUUAGCUAGAGGAGUGAGUUUCGGUGGGCUUGGGUCGAUCUAAUUUGUUGAUCCGUCAUGGACAAAGAGACUGAGAGAAAGAGAGUUUGAGAGGUGGGCAAGUCAGGGGAGCAAUGUAUCCUAUGAUAUUGUAUUUAAGGCAUAUCUGGUGCUGUGUAGAGAUAGGGCAGUAAGCUACCGCCUGUCUCACUGCUCUUCUGGGCGACUAGGGACUAAAGAGAAACGUCCAUGAGGAAGAAUAAGGAGC